AUGUCCGUGCGACCCGUAUCCCCCAAAGUUCUAUUGGACAUUAGCUAUAAACCAUUGCCAAAUAUAAUGGAUUUACAACACAAUGUCAUCAAGCUGAUCAGUGUGGACCAACAAGCCUAUAUGCACAAUCAGAAUAUGUCCCAAAAUAUGGAUCCCCAACAGAUGUACGGGCAACAGCCCACGGGUCAAUUGCCACAUAUGGUAUUAAAUGGUGGUGGUCGCCAAUAUCAUGCCAAUGAAUUUAUGAGCUAUGGUGGUGCCGGUGUACCCGAUCAUGAAGAUAAUGACUACAAUAUUCCAAGUAGUGAAAUUUUAAGUACCACCAGCAGCCACAGUGCCAGUUCCACACCAAAUAGCCAUAAUUUGGGUUCUCCGGAAAUGAACAACAACUAUGGCCAUCCGGAACAGCAGCAGCAACAACAACAAUAUCACAUCAAUGAAAAUGGCAAACGUAGUCGAGAAUUUGAUUGUGGCCCCAGUGAUAUUAUGCAGGAUAAUAAGAAGUUACACAUUAGCCCCUUGGGCCAUCCUGCCCAACAGCAGCAACAACAACAGCAACAUAAUAUGACCGGCCAUUAUGUCCAACACAAUGAACAGAAAUUCUUUGUGGAAUAUUUACCCACCACUGUGAAUGAAGUCAAUUCCACCCUAAAUGGUGCUGUGAAUCCUGCAAAUGGUCAAAAUGGCGCCCAACUGGAAACACAAAAUUGCAAUGGUUCGCCACAUUUUGAAUUUGCCGAUGAGGAAAUGGCUGAAAAUAGCCAGGAUAAUUUCAAACACAUUUUCCGCCAACAACAAUUGCAUCAACAGGAACAAUUACACCAACAACAAACCCAAAGGGUGGGCAUGGUUCUGCCACAAAACGGCGGUGUCAGUGGUAACAGUGUUCCUGCCAUACAUUCCAAUAAUACGGCCGGCCAUCAACUACCCUCGACAGGUGGCUAUGAACAAUUUGAGGCAACGGGUUCUCUGAAUGGCAGUACCUAUUCCAGUUCAGAUCGUGAUGAAAUGGCCUCUGCCAGUAGUUAUAUGUUCCCCAAUGAGGAUGAGCUAAGUGCCGGCGGUUGUGAUACCAACGAUGGCAGUAAGGAAUUCCGCAAGCCCAGGCGUCGUACCAAACGUAAGGCCAGCAAAUCGGAGGAUACCGAGGAUUUCCAUACUCAACGCAUUAUGGCCAAUGUACGCGAGCGACAGAGGACGCAAAGUUUAAACGAUGCCUUCAAAUCCCUGCAACAGAUCAUACCUACACUGCCAAGUGAUAAGCUCAGCAAAAUCCAGACACUUAAAUUGGCAACAAGAUAUAUUGACUUCCUGUGUCGUGUGCUGUCUACCAGUGAAAUUGGCCUGCUCAAAGCUUUGGAUAACAAUGCCGGUAAUGGUGGCUAUGCCAUGGGCGCUGCUUCCAUACUCAAUGAUGCCGAGGCGGAUCUCAAGAAUCUACGAAGGGCCGCUGUGGCACCCAUGAUUCCACCAGAGAAAUUAAGUUAUCUGUUUGGUGUGUGGCGUAUGGAGGGUGAUGCCCAGAACAGUAAAUCGUAA